UCUGCCUUCCACUCUCAAGAAUUCCAAAGACAAAUUAAUAAUCCAAUCUCUCUCUCUUUCUCUAAAAACCAUCUUCCAUUUUCUUCUUCUUCUUGGAAUCUCAGAGAUUUGAUUUUAAGCUUUGGAGAGCUUUUUUAUAUAUAUGUCUAUGGCGAACCUUGAUGAAGUUUCAGCGCUCGAGACCAUCAAGCAGUACUUGCUUGGUGAAUUCUCUCCCGUGAAUACCUACUCGGCUAUCCUUGACGAUUGGAGUACUUACGCGAAUAAUGCGGAGUUCUCCAGCUCUCGAUCUGAUUCUCUCUGUUCCAAAAGUUCGAGCUCUGAUUCGAAUAUUGGAAUCUCUGACUGCUGCUUGAAUUCCAGCGAACUCUUCGAGUUCGAUUGGCGAAACCACCCGAACGUUUUCAUGGAAUUCGAAUCGAAACCUGCACUGGUUGACCUAACAACGCCUAAAUCUUUUCAGAAUUCUUCCAAUUCUAAUUCUCAGUCGAGUUCUAACUCGUUUGAAUUUGAAUUGAAACCUCAAAUUAUUGCUUCAAACCCCCAAUCGAACAGCAACAAUACCUUCGAGUUCCAGCCGAAUUCCCAAAACUCAGCUACGAAACCGUCGAAUUCGAGCCCUCAAUCGAAUCGAAAACCAUCGCUGACGAUCUCGCUCCCUGAGAAAACCAAAUGGAUACAGUUUGCGGCUCCGAAUCCGACACUGCCUGUAGCGCAACAGUCGGUCCAGAAGGAAGGGAAGAAGCACUACCGGGGUGUCCGACAAAGGCCGUGGGGCAAGUUCGCCGCUGAGAUCCGCGACCCGAACCGGAAAGGGUCUCGGGUCUGGCUUGGGACUUUCGACACCGCCAUUGAAGCCGCCAAAGCGUAUGACCGAGCCGCUUUCAGGCUACGCGGCUCCAAAGCCAUCCUCAACUUUCCUUUGGAAGCCGGAAAGUCGGACUGUGUUAAGAACGUAGAGAAGAAACGACGCCGUCAAGAAGAAGAAGACGAAAAAGUGGUAGCAGAGGAAACGAAACCCGUGGUUGUGGUGAAGAAGGAAAGGCUAACGGAACGUGAUGAGACCGUCAAUUACUUAAAGGAUAUUCCGUUAACGCCGUCAAGUUGGAAUACCAUUUGGGACUCUGAUGUCAAAGGGGUGUUCAACGUGCCGCCUUUGUCGCCGUUAUCUCCUCUCCCGCCGUUUGGUUUUCCACAGCUUAUGGUUGUGUAACGGAUUUUUACAGUGAAUUUUCCUUUGGCAGUCCGUGCUUUUUUUUUUUUAAUAACUUAUAAUGUAUAGAUAUUUAAUACAGAUAAAUAUAUACAAGUAAAUUUUCGGGAAACCGAGAGAAUUUGAUUGAUUA